CUGCAAAUAACACACGACAUCUCGCUGGAGGAACCAUGUCUAUCAAGCUAUACGGAGCGGUAAGCUCUUGGAAUACGCUCCGUGCUCGUCAUGCACUUCUUGAGAAAGGAAUGACUGUGGAAGAAAUUUCAUUAAACUUGUCGGCUCAAGAACAGAAGAGACCUGAUUACCUAGCUCUCAAUCCAUUUGGCAAGGUCCCCGUCUUAACUGAAGGAGACUUCACUCUUUUCGAAUCACGCGCCAUAGCUCGAUACGUUGCCUGGAAAUACAGCAGCCUCGGGAAGCCUCUAAUACCGGAUGUGGAGAAUAGCAGGUCGAUCGCACUCUUUGAAGAAGCUGCUUCUAUAGAGCUUACACAAUUUGACCACUUUGCUCAGCCUCUGGUUCUUAAGGAGAUUAUUGCCAGAUUCCAAGGCAAAGUGGUCCCUGAGGACGAAAUUUUACCUCUCCUUCAGACUCUUAAUGUCAAUCUGGAUAUUAUUGAUAGGAUUCUUUCGAAGCAGAGUUUCAUGGCAGGGAGGCAAUAUUCCUUGGUUGACGGAUUUUACAUGCCUCUUCUACACAUGCUUCUAAAGGUGGGGUAUCAAGGGUUAAUACUAGAGAGGAAGCAUCUAAAACACUGGUGGGAGACAGUUAGCGAAAGACCAGCUUGGAAGGAGGCUGUACAGCCAUUGAACAACCUAUACGAUACUUUUUAA